GCAGCAACAUCAUCUCGAUCGGUGGAUUAUCUCUUGAAGGAAAUGAAACCCAUGCUGAUCCUUGUGGCUCUGGCAGGCUUUGCCGUCUGCACUCUGGCAGACGUCUCCCACCUGUACGGAGGAGGUUACCACGAUCACGGCCAUGAUCACCAUCACCACCAUGAUCACGAUCACCAUCACGAUCAUGAUCACCACCACUAUGAUGUCCAUUCCCACCACCAUUCUCCCUCGUCACACGAUCAUCAUGAUCUGCACAUUGAUCUGCACUAUCAGCCGGAUCACCACCAUCAUCAUCAUCAAGAGGCCAAGUUCGAUAUCCCUAGCGGAUAUAGCUAUGGACCUCCAGAGAAACCUCGCCAGAAGUACCUGCCUCCCAAGGUUUCCCUGCCACCGCCACCACCUCCACCGCCCAAGGCAAGUUAUCUGCCUCCCUCAAAGCCCGAAGUGAAGUACCUGCCCCCCGAACCGGUGGCUAAGUAUCUGCCACCCAAGGUCGCUCCCAGCCUGCCUCCUCCACCACCACCUCCAGUUGUGGCGCCCAAGCCCACCUAUCUGCCUCCCAGCCCGCCAGAGUCCAAGUAUCUUCCUCCUCCGACGCCUGAGGUGAAGUACCUGCCCCCUGCUCCAGUGGCAAGGUAUCUGCCACCCAAGGUUGCACCCAGUCUGCCACCACCACCUCCACCCCCACCAGUGGCUCCCAAGAAGCUGUACCUUCCUCCUGCCGAGCCGGAGACUAAGUACCUGCCACCUUCCCAGCCCGUCGAGAAGUAUCUGCCUCCUAAGCCCGAACCAAAAUAUCUGCCACCCCAGCCGGAGGUAGAUUUCCACAUCCCGAUUCCAUCCUACGCACUGCCCUUGGGUCCUGCCCCAAGUCCAAUCCACGACGCCGAGCCUGGUUACCACUACAAGCCUCCACUUCGCCGUUUCAGGCACUAG